AUGCUCAUUUUAGCGCCGUGCAGGUUAUGUAAAAUAACAAGUAGAGUCGUUGAGAUCAAUUAAAAAUAUAUAAAAACUCGACCGAUAUUCUGUUAAUAUCAAGCCAUGGUCUUCCUGAACCUUCCCUUGCUGGUACGGUCCCGUGGUCCGGACGAAUUCUGGCGGAAGAGACGCAUCUUCAAGCUGGCAGCGCAUUAUAGAAGCCGCACUCGCAAUGUCUACUCCUUCGCCAUCCGGAGUGUCCAUAGGGCACUGGCCUAUGCCACCAAGGGGCGAAAGCUAAAGAAACUGGACAUGGCGCAACUGUGGAGCACACGCGUGGAGGCGGGUUGUCAGCAGUAUGGAGUAGGUCUGGAAACCUUCAAAGAGGGCCUCGCGCGCUCCGAUAUUCUGCUCAACAAAAAAGUCCUAUCCGACCUCGCCAUUUGGGAGCCGCGAUCUUUUGAAGCUCUAGUAAAGAUCUCUCGAGAGCGGGCAGCUGUGGAGGGAAUGCCAGACAUCAAACGGAGAUCGGCAUUUAACCAGGUCUAUGGACUGAGCAACCUGAAGUUGGAUUAACAUAGCCUUAAGUAGGAGUUCAAAUAUAGAUAUUUGUAUGUUUU